CGAAUGCCAGCCAACCAGUCCACAGUGGAAGAAAUUCCUACAGUGGAGAAGAGGCUAUUUUUAUUUUUUGUUUUUAGAAGGCUUCCAUCAAAAUCCGUCUCCAUCGUUCUUGAUUUUGGAAAGGAUGAUAUCAAAAACAGCUAGAACAUAAUCUACACAUUCUAAGCUUUCAGGCAAUACCAAUAUCGUGGUGUUCCGAAGAAAAUAUAGAUAUAAAAGGGAUGGGGACAAUUGGAUUGUUACAGAAGGAACUUGAUCUUCUGGGAUUCAUGGGGAGGGGGGGCGUCUGAAUAAAGGGGUUGCUUCGUAAGAAUAACAUUGAACCAUGGAAUUGAGAGUGGGAAACCGAUACAGGCUGGGCAGGAAAAUUGGAAGUGGAUCUUUUGGAGAUAUCUAUUUGGGCACAGACAUCUCAGUGGGAGAGGAGGUCGCCAUUAAACUGGAAUGUGUGAAGACCAAACACCCACAGCUCCACAUAGAGAGUAAGAUCUACAAGAUGAUGCAGGGAGGAGUGGGCAUCCCGUCCAUAAAGUGGUGUGGAGCAGAGGGAGACUACAACGUGAUGGUGAUGGAGCUGCUAGGCCCCAGUCUGGAGGACCUGUUCAACUUCUGCUCCCGCAAGUUCAGCCUCAAGACUGUCCUGCUGCUGGCUGACCAGAUGAUCAGCCGGAUUGAGUACAUCCACUCUAAGAACUUCAUCCACAGAGAUGUGAAGCCUGACAACUUCCUGAUGGGCCUGGGCAAGAAGGGCAACCUGGUAUACAUCAUCGACUUUGGCCUGGCCAAGAAGUACCGCGACGCCCGCACACAUCAGCACAUCCCCUACCGCGAGAACAAGAACCUGACCGGCACCGCACGCUACGCAUCCAUCAACACACACCUGGGGAUAGAACAGUCUCGUCGUGAUGACCUGGAGUCUCUGGGUUAUGUCCUGAUGUACUUCAACCUGGGCUCUCUGCCCUGGCAGGGCCUCAAGGCCGCCACCAAGAGGCAGAAGUACGAACGCAUCAGUGAGAAGAAAAUGUCCACCCCCAUCGAGGUGCUCUGCAAGGGAUACCCCUCUGAGUUCUCCACCUACCUGAACUUCUGUCGUUCUCUGCGGUUUGACGACAAGCCAGACUACUCGUACCUCAGACAGCUGUUCAGGAACCUGUUCCACAGACAGGGCUUCUCUUAUGACUACGUCUUUGACUGGAACAUGCUCAAGUUUACUGCCCCUAAUUCCAAGGGGGCCAACCGUGCAGCAGAGGAGGCGGAGCGGGAGCGGAGGGACAGAGAGGAUAGGCUGAGACACAGCAGGAACCCCGGGGCCAGGGGACUCCCUGCCGCCUCAGGACGACCCCGAGGAACACAGGACACGGCGCCGCCUACACCCCUCACACCCACCUCACACACAGCCAACACGUCUCCACGCCCGGUGUCUGGUAUGGAGCGGGAGAGGAAAGUGAGCAUGCGGCUUCACCGGGGAGCUCCCGUUAACGUCUCCUCGUCCGAUCUGACGGGACACCAGGACACCUCCCGCAUGUCCACCUCACAGAUGGUGCCUGGUAUGAUCCCUGGUGGCCUCCACUCUGCAGCGCCUCGAUGAGACAAUACCCACAAUGCACCUGGCACAGCGGAGGACUGCACCAAGCAUGGCUCAACCAAUCAGCUGCCAGCCAGCCUAACUACUUCGGAAGACCACCUCUUUCCUCUCCUGACCUGGUGUUCUCUGGUUGAUCCUCUCUUUUUCCCACUAGAUCUCUUGUUCCUUUCCCGCUCGCCCUUGAUUUCCUUGUACUCUCUCCCAAACACUUACAAUCGUUUUGAUAAAGAAUCUCUGAACUACAGACCACAUCUGCAACCUUUUUUCUGGGAGACAUUUUAAACGUCUGUGCAGAGGCCGUGGUCUUUGCUGCCAUGGCGAUCUAACAGAUUUAAUUAAGACGACAAAUGGAACGACAACAACCGCCACCGUUAUCGCCAUGGUUACUACUUAUCAUCCAUGGCACUUUGUCAAUAAACACCAAUUUCUACUCCCACAGUACAUUACUAAAUAACCCUAAUCGAUAAAUCUGAUAUGAAAAGAGCUAAUCGAUGAUUGCGGCUCUAUUUGAAAUGGAUCGGUUUGGGUUUUUCAUUUGUACUUAUUUACAGACCUCUUUUCUCUGACCACCAGCAGGCUUUUGUUUUCACAGCCCUGAUCUGUAACUCUAAAGCCAUUUGUAAUAUAUACUAUUUGCAUGUUUUAACACUGGACAUCCCUUUGACCAAGCUGAGGUGUAUGAGUCAGGUGGAGGGUUUCAACUCUAAACCACAUUUGAAGUCUGUUUUCUUUAUGGAGUUCUAUGAUCAACAUCCCUCAAGUUGUAUGUGUUAUGGAGGGGCCCCUGUUAAGGUUUCCUCUUCUCACACUGAGUCAGACUGCCUCAUGGUCUACUGUACAGAUCUACAUUCUCAUUAUGUUAUUUGUAUUGUUUCUAGGCUGUGAAAUUGUAUUUUAAUGAAGAUGUGAAAUGUUUCAGCUUUUUCCCUUUUUGGUUUCCUUAUUGUGGUGAAUUUGGGUUUCUGACCGUAGGUCUCACUUGGGGCUGCUCUAAAGUGGGACAUCACUGUCCUAUAAUCGGUCUGUUUUGGGCUGUCAAUCAUUGUCUGUUCCCAGGCUUUUGCCUUGUCUGUCCACAAAGAUGAAGUGCAGGAUCGUUUUAUUUGGAGUUCCUCAAAUACACCAGAUACCCAGAGACUUGAGUGUCUGUUAAAUGGCUGCCAUUUUAAACUAUAAUUUGUUUUGAGUGUGAAUGGAGUUUUUAUAUCAAAGGCUCACAAUUACUUACUGGCUCCAUGUGAACACUGGUGUUAUUUUGACAUGUUUUGAGAAGUAAAAUGGUCCUGCACUGAUGUGGCUAGAAGCAGUUGACUAAACCGCUGUCAUUACUUCAUCUAUUCCCUGAUAAAAGAACCGAUUUACACUUCUCUUGGGUGGGCUAUGGCCUUGGACGUUCCAGUUGAUGGACAUGUUCCCCUGCUCAAACGUUGCAUGCAUCGACCAGUGAUCGCAUGCCACAUCAUCGAUAAUGUGGUUAGCUGAUGCGUUGUAAGAUCUAGCAUGCGUUGGCAAGGCCUGGGCAGAGUAACACGCCAUGUCUUUACUGGUUCUCAGCAAAGAGUGGAGCAAGAGUUUGGGAUAUUCAAUUUGACCUCUGAGGAUAAUUUCAAUCAGCAAGAGGAGAUUUAAGGGCGGGCACAGCUGAACUGUUGCCAUGGUUCAGCUCUAUAGGACUGUUUUAAUGCUGACCUCAUUAUUGACUAGUCAUUUCUGGUUUGACUCAUGGCCAGUUUGGUCAAUCACUGACUCACCCUCCUAUGUGUAAUUAACUAAGCUACCAGCUCUAAGAAUAUUCCUUUAUCUCACAUUUGUGUACUUUUAAAAACUGUAAAUAAAUGAAGUACUUUGUACUACCCUGUG